AUGUCUUGGAAUUAUGCAGUCCACCAAAUCAAUAACUCCUUUGAGCAAAUCGCCCAGUGGUAUCGCGAGUUCAUGCAUCGAGCUGAAGUAUCGUUCAGAGCUUUGUCCGAGCGUAUCGAAUACCUCGAGCAACGUCAGGCCUGGCAAGGCCCCAGUGACGAACAGGUGGAGCGAGUGCUUCGGAAAAUACUGGCGGAGAGGUUUGCCGACGCUGGAAUCCAACAGGUUGAGAACCCGAACGUCAUGAAGGAAGGGGACUACUUCGUAAAAAGACCGGGGGAAGACUCAUCUAUCCCAAGAACUAUCCCGAUCGACCCCGCUACGCUUCUCGUCGACCCGGACGCCGUGCCAUCGAAAACCUACGCUCAGACUUUUCAGAUGCUGGAGAAGGGACUGGGUGAAUUUCCUCGAGCGGAUGUCGGCAAGCCCGCGCAAAGGGUAUCUGACCUCGACAAAGACGACUCCGACUUCAAGCGCCCGCAGGCCCCGACCCACUCGACACAAACCAAGCCGUGGUAA